AUGAAGCCUGGAGGGUGUCUGAUUUUCCUUUUCAUGGGCAUAGUUUUGCUGGAUCUAGUGACUGGCCAAGCUUCCCCCUCCAAGACAAAUAAGCACACCAAGCGGAGAGUCAAAGAGAAAAAUGGCGACCUUAAGAGUCAAAUUGACAAGCUUUGGAAAGAGGUAAAUGCGCUGAAAGAAAUGCAAGCCUUGCAAACUGUCUGCCUCCGUGGAACAAAGAUCCACAAGAAAUGCUACCUGGUCUCUGAAGGUGCAAAACGUUUCCAUGAAGCCAACGAAGACUGCAUCGCCAAAGGUGGGACCCUAGCUAUUCCUAGAGAUGGAGAUGAAACUGCAGCCCUGAGAGAGUACAGCAAGAAGAGCUUGCCAGGGGUGGCAGACUUUUGGCUUGGUGUCACUGACAUGGUCAACGAAGGCAAAUUUGUGGACGUCAACGGAAUGGUCCUAAAUUAUUUCAACUGGGAUCGUUCACAACCCAACGGGGGGAAGAGAGAGAAUUGUGUCUUGUUUUCUCAGCCAGGUCAAGGAAAAUGGGCGGAUGAGGUCUGCCGUACCCUUAAACGUUACAUUUGCGAAUUCCUGAUCCCUUAGAUCCUCUUUCCAACCACAGCUGUUGGAAGGUGUGCUGAAAUGACAGCUUGCGAGACUUGAGGAAAAUAUCUAUUGCAAAAUUCUAGGAGUGAAGUUCUUAGCCGCUCAUGGUUGGAGGGGGGAAAUAAUGGAAUGAUCACAGAUAGGCAGUUGAGUUGCAGUUUCUGGGGUUUUCCCUGACAUUAGCUUGCUGUUUGAAUGUGGAUUUGAUGGGCCUUGAAUUGCAGGAGACAUGUUCCUAAGAUCCCUUGUCUAGUUAGCGUGAGAUACGUUCAGCUUUGUCUAGUUAAACCAAUGAGAAACAUUUUGCUUCCAGAUACUAGUCUUCUCAUUACAUUAUUUUGCUUCUGAAUCAUUCUAAUUUUCUUUAGUUACUUGAUCUCUCUUGUCCACCUCACCUCAAAUUUUACAAUCUGGUUCUUGGACUGAAUCUUGACUGACCAUCCUAUGUCUUGGGAAAUGAAUUCAUAUCUUGGUUAAACACUUUGGC